AUGGGCAACGAAGACACUGCAGUCGAGGGGCAAACUGAGCCCCCUAUAUGUGGCUUCAAGGGGCCUCCAUCAAUCCAACCCGCCGAACCCGAUUCGGACAAGUCGACAGUCUGCACAAAGACUCCGUCGAUUGCAGAGUUCUCUGCUGAUUCCGCCCAUAUCUUUGCAGCGAGCCAGAUUUGUGGCUACCUGAACACUGACAUCAAAGAUGGCCUCACCGGCGCCGAAGCUGCAGCUCGUCUACAGAAGAAUGGCCCGAACAAAGUUGAGGGAGCUAAGGGGAUAUCGCUUUGGACGAUUCUGCUAAGGCAGGUCUCCAACUCCCUGACGCUUGUUCUCGUUAUCACGGCAAUCCUGUCGUUCGCCAUCAAUGACCACAUUGAAGGGGCGAUUAUCUGCGCGGUCAUCUUGCUCAAUAUCGUCGUAGGAUUCAUCCAAGACUACCGCGCAGAACAAACUAUCCAGGCACUUUAUGCCCUUUCUGCACCAACCUGCAAGGUCAAGCGAAAUGGCCAAGUAGAGACAAUCAAGGCGGAAGGCCUCGUUGUCGGAGACAUCGUCCUGCUUAACGUGGGCGAUGUCAUCCCGGCGGACCUUCGCCUGGCUGACAGCAUCAACUUAUCCACCGAUGAGGCUCUCCUGACCGGCGAGUCCCUGCCCAUCAGCAAGCACGCUGACAGGGUCCUGGCCGAUCAGGAUGUGCCGCUCGGGGACCGUAUCAAUAUGGUCUACUCGGCAAGCACGAUCUCACGUGGCCGAGCCAUUGGUAUCGUCACUGCUGUCGGCAUGGCCACGGAGGUCGGUAAGAUUGCCGGCCUACUGAGGCAGGCCAAGAAGAGCUCUGAGGGCAAGGUGGGCAUCGCUAAACUGGUCCACCUUACCAAGGAGAAGAUUCGUGUGCUUCUCGGACUCGACGGCACUCCCCUUCAAGUGUCGUUGAGUAAGUUUGCCUUGCUUCUAUUUGCUCUCGCCAUCACGCUCGCUAUCAUCGUCUUCUCGGUCAGCCGUUUUAAUGUCGAUGAUGAGGUCCUCAUCUACGGUAUCUGUGUUGCAGUAGCUGUAAUCCCAGAGUCCCUGAUUGCCGUGUUGACCAUUUCUACGGCAUUGGGCACCAAGGCCAUGGCCAAGGGCAAUGUGAUUGUUCGCAAAUUGGCCGCACUGGAAGCAGUGGGCGGUGUGACAAAUAUCUGCUCUGACAAGACCGGUACUCUGACCCAAGGCAAAAUGCUGGCCAAGAGGGUCUGGCUGGCAGAUGGCACCGAAGUCUCAGUUCACGGGACUACUCAUCCCUUCGACCCGAGUAGCGGAACGAUCGAGUACAAUGGCAAUGAGCUACCUCCGGCCAAGAUGAAAGUCACAGGCCGGGAGGCUGAGACCCUGCGAGGGCUUCUCGAAACGGUCGCGCUCUGCAACAAUGCCAGUGUCACCAAGCGAGAGACAUGGACCGCAUUGGGCGAGCCCACUGAGAUUGCGCUGCAGGUGCUGGCUAUGCGCUUCGGCAUGGGCAAGCCAGAGCUGUUGUCCGAUGAGAAAACCACACUGGUGUCUGAGUUCCCGUUCGAUUCGACCUGCAAGAGAAUGACGGUCGUCUACGAUGCCGGAGACCAGACGUUCCUGACCGCGUACACGAAGGGUGCCGUGGAGGCGAUCCUGCCACUGCUACAGAUCAGCGACGCCAAGCAGCGCGAGAUCUCCGCCAUGGCCGACACGCUCGCCGCAGAGGGCCUCCGCGUCCUCUGCGUGGCAAAGAGAGCCGCCACUGUGACGGAGCUGUCGAAGCGGGAAACCGCUGAGGCUGGCCUGGAGUUCAUCGGCCUGGUGGGCCUCUACGACCCUCCGCGCGUGGAGAGUGCGCCGGCCGUCCUGAAGUGCCAGCGAGCCGGCAUCACGGUACACAUGCUUACGGGCGACCACGUCAAGACUGCAACAGCCAUCGCGAGAGAGGUCGGCAUCCUCCCUCCGGCCAGUGUGACGUCCGACUCACAGGCCAUAAUGCAGGCCAGCGCGUUCGACGCACUCAGUAAUGCUCAAGUCGACGCGAUGGAGAAGCUGCCGCUGGUCCUUGCAAGGUGCAGCCCGUCAACGAAGGUGCGCAUGGUCGAGGCCAUGCAUCGCCGCCGUGCGUUUUGCGUCAUGACUGGUGAUGGUGUGAAUGACUCUCCCGCCCUCAAGAAGUCUGAUGUCGGCAUUGCCAUGGGAAUGAACGGAAGUGAUGUUGCCAAAGAGGCGGCAGACAUGGUGCUGACAGAUGACAACUUUGCCUCGAUCGUCACGGCGGUCGAGGAAGGUAGGAGGUUGUUUGAUAAUAUCCAGAAGUUCCUUCUUCACCUUCUCAUCUCCAACAUAGCCCAGGUCAUCCUCCUCUUGGUAGGCCUCGCCUUUCGCGACGCCUCCGGCGCCUCCGUCUUCCCGCUGUCACCAAUCGAGAUCCUCUGGGCCAACCUGGUGACGUCCUCAUUCCUGGCGCUCGGCUUGGGACUAGAGGAAGCCCAGCCAGACGUGAUGCAGCGGGCGCCGCACGACCUGCGGGUGGGCGUGUUCACGCGAGAGCUCAUCGUCGACAAGUUCGUCUAUGGCACGGCCAUGGGCCUGAUCUGCCUGGGCAUCUUCGCGACAGUGGUGUUCGGCGGCGUGGGCGGCGGCGGCUACACGCUCGGCGACGGGUGCAACACCGGGUACAACGACUCGUGCGACGUCGUGUUCCGCGCCCGCGCCGCCACCUACGCCGCCCUCACGUUCCUGCUGCUCGUCACGGCUUGGGAGGCCAAGCACUUCACCCGCAGCCUGUUCAACAUGCACCCGGAGAAAUACCACGGCCCACUAUCUGUGUUCAGGACUGUCUGGGCCAAUCAAUUCCUCUUCUGGGCUGCUGUGGCUGGCUUCGUGCUUACUUUCCCUCUGGUCUAUUUGCCUGUGAUCAAUGAAGUAGUCUUCAAGCACAUGAGCAUUGGUUGGGAAUGGGGCAUCGUAGCGGCUGGGAUCGUGGUCUAUCUAUGUGUGGUGGAGAGUUGGAAGGCUGUGAAGAGGCGGUUCAAACUUGGUGGUGUAAGGAAGACAGUCGAUACUUUUGGAAGAGCGAGUGAAGACGGAAGUGUUGUCUAA